AUGGGCAGAAUCUCCCAGUCGCUUGAGAGGGAAGAGCUCCAGAUGGGUGCGUCCAAGCCCGAAUCUCGUCGGCUGUCCGCAGAAAGCCAUGGAGACGCAAAGGAGAAUGUCAAGCAGCAAGAGAAUGAAAUGCCGCCUAAGUCAGACGAAUCUGCAAGCAGCAACGCUGCAUCUCAAGACACGUCGCCUCACACAUCUGGCCGGACAAUCGUCCUGUUGUUGGGCGUCUGUCUGAGCGUUUUCUUGGUAGCUCUGGAUAACACCAUUCUUUCGACGGCUAUCCCACGAAUAGUCGACGAGUUCAAGGCUCUUGACCGCGUGAGCUGGUACGGUUCGGCAUACCUCUUGACCAACUGCUCGUUCCAACUUGUGUUCGGCGCCAUGUAUUCCUCCUUCUCCAUCAAAGGGGUACUUCUUUCCGCGAUCUUGAUUUUCGAGGUCGGCUCUGCCGUUUGUGGAAGUGCACAGGGGUCUGUGGCUCUCAUAGUUGGUCGGGCUAUCGCAGGGGUUGGGGCUGCAGGGAUAUUCCAGGGUGCUUUCAUGGUUGUUGCUAUAACUGUGGCGCCUCAAAAACGUCCCAUGUAUAACGGUAUCUUCGGGGCGGUUUAUGGCAUUUCUUCCAUUGUGGCACCCCUGAUCGGGGGAGCAUUCACUCAGCAUGCCAGCUGGCGUUGGUGUUUCUACAUGAAUUUGCCUAUUGGAGCCCUAACUAUUGGUGCUAUUCUUCUAUUUCUCAAAGUCCCGGGGACAGCGGUGAAGGCACCCCGCACGUUUGAGCAGCUUACCGUUGCGGUCCGCAAGAUGGAUCCAUUGGGCUUGCUUUUCUUCCUGCCCAGCAUCGUGAGUCUACUACUCGCCCUUGUAUGGGGCGGCUCCAAAUAUGCCUGGUCGAACGGACGCAUUAUCGCACUUUUUGUCGUCUUUGGCGUCUUGAUGAUGGGCUUUAUCUAUGUGGAAAUCCGCGCAGAUAAGUAUGCCAUUCUGCGCCGGCACUUGCUGCGCCAACGCAACGUCUUGUGUGGUGGCCUAUUCGCCUUCUUGCUUGCAGCAAGCAAUUUCAUGAUCGGCUACUAUAUGCCUAUGUGGUUUCAAGUCGUGAAAGGGGUUUCACCAACCAAGUCUGGUACCAUGAGUUUGCCGACUAUGAUCUCGAUGGUUCUCAUGUCAUUCGUCUCAGGAGGAAUGAUCACUCGUUUCGGCCGAUACUUGCCAUUCUUCUACCUCUCCAGCAUUUUAACAUCAGUAGGGGCAGGACUCAUAUCGACUUUCUGGGUCGAUACUGGUCAUUCCAAAUGGAUCGGCUACCAAGUGAUUUUUGGCAGCGGACUCGGACUCGGAGUUCAGCUUCCCAUCACCGUGGUGCAACUAUCGUGUUCGCGCGAAGACAUCGCAGCAGCAACAUCUCUUAUGGUCUUCUGUCAAAUACUGGGAGGAGCAAUUUUCAUUUCCGUCGCCCAAACUGCCAUCACCCAAAGUUUGAGGCAUGGUCUCCAGCAGGCGCUGCCGGACAUUGCGCCGACGCUGUUAAAAAACCUUACCGCGACUCAACUGGUCUCGCAGGUUCCCCCAGCACAGGCGCCAGUGGUUCGUCGUGUCUUUAAUGAAGCCUUGAGAUCCGAAUGGCAUAUUGCUGCAGGUAUGGCGGCUGGCACAAUAGUUGCGGCGUUGGGCAUCAAGCGGGUCAAGUUCCCCGGGAAAAAGAUAAAAGACGAAGAGAAAUAGGCCGAGUUGAAUGCCCUAGGCUACAUAAGCACAGUCUACAUCUGCAAGGACAUGCCGUAUAUACCGCGUCAGGACUCGAUAUGUACUGCCCGCUGAGAAUGAUAGCUCAAAUUGGAGAGGAA